CCUUUAGACAGAUAUGUAUUAUUAUUAUACGUGUGUCUCGGUGGUGGUGGAGUUUUUCAUGCAGCAUCACUGGAAUGCUGCACAAUUAGCCCCUGUUGUAAGGACGGAUACUGCAGGGCUUCAUGGUCACAGCGAGAGAGGAGGGUGGGGAGGGCUGCAGCCCUCCCACAUCUGACCCAGAGGUUGUGUAAUAGCAUGCUCAUCAGACAAAUGGCUUUAAGCUGGAACCACAAAGAGACACACAUGGCAGCAGCCAGAGCAGACUGAAGUAAUUUACUGGGCUUUUGUUGUGACUGUUGUUUGAGGCUCACCAAAAAUGAUGCAGAGUUUCAGAAAUCUUUGUUGCUGGUUCUAAUGAUGCUGUGAUGGGUUUGAUGGAGCUGACUUGUGUUCUGAGAGCAAACAGACCUUUGUGCAUUUCAAAAUCACAAUUUCUGACACAACAUGGCUGGGAAUCAGAAUAACUCCUGGGGACAACAUGACCUGAGCAGAGAGUGCUUUGGCCUGAGUGCUGACAUGGAACAAAACCUGACAGAGCUUCAACAACAACAGGAAGGAAUGGCCAAGGAAUUUAACUGUAACAUCUCCCAGUUUCCUUUCUACUCUGAUACUUACCAGCAAGCGUCUGACAACAUACUGCGACCCCAUGAGGGAGACCAGGUGGUCCCUUCUUCCCAGAGACGGACAGUGUUCGGGGGCCACCAGAGAGAAGCCAAACCCCUGCCGUCUCUGCCUGACCCUGAGGAGCUCAUGUCUGAUGAGGCAGCCGAUAGUGAGGUGGAGUUUUUUACCAGCGACAGACGCCGCCUUUUGCCCAAAAGCUGCCCUAAGGCCAUAUGCAGGGGCAUGAACCGAGGCUGUGGCCAAGUGAAUUACGCCUACCAGGAGAGCUCAUUGCGGGCUGGUGGUGCUGGGAAUGGCUCCAUGGCUUUCUCUUGGCCAUUCAGAGAGGACAGACCAUCAGGGAGAGGAAGUGGGUUUUGGGCACUAGCUCUCCAGAGAGAAGACCACCAGCAUGCGGUUUCAGCUGUCGAAGAUACUUUGUGUAGCAAACCGCCAGAACAACACCAAUCCUCCAGACUCCAGUUUCCAUGUUUAGGCCCUACUUCCCAGCCUCUCCAAAGUGGCAGCACAACCAGCCCCACUGACAAGCCCCUUAUCCCACCUCGUAUCCCCAUUCUGCAAAAACAUCCCUCUCUUUCAAGGACUGUGAGCGCCAGCCAGGAAGACAAGCCUCCCAAAAUUCCUCCAAGGAUCCCCAUAGUCCCACCCUGCCCACCACGUACCCCGAGCCCCAAAAGCCUUCCAAUUUAUAUCAACGGUGUGAUGCCUGCCACACAGAGUUUUGCUGCUAACCCAAAAUAUGUGAGUAAGGCAUUACAGAGACAGCAGUGUGAAAGGACGCCACCUGCAGCUCAGUUUUCUCCCUGUAUUGUUCCAAUUUUGAAGGAUGGCAGACAGGCCAGCGCCACGCACUACAUCCUCCUGCCGCCGGGCCGACCGACAUACUCAGACAGACGAGAAAGACUCCUGAGUGAACCGGCCAAGACGGGCAACAGCAGCAUCUGGCAGAACAGAUAGAAACCCUCGCUUAUGUCCCUGUCUGAAACUUGAUGAGUACAAAACUGUGACUGACAUCAUUAAUAACAAUAUGAUACACUAUUGAACAAUAUUACACUAUUGAGUGUGUGAAAACAUUUACAUGCUACACUCACAUGUCUAAUGUCAUAUUGGUGUUAUUUUUAAUGACUGAUGUAUUUCAAGACCACUAAUAUCACACAACACUGUGAGGUUACUGUCUCCUUUUUUAACUGAACAUUUUACCGGUCAGUAUUUUAGCGCCGUAACAUUCCAGUAUUUUCACUAAUAAUGGAGACAUAUUUACAUAACCAUUUGAAGUGUUUGGUUUACUCAGAUACUGCGGUUUUCUCACAGAUAUGUCUUAUCACUCAUUAAUUCUGACAGCCAUAUGCUUAUAUUACUAAUACUGUAUGUCUUACAAGAGAAAAAAUAAUUACUGUAGGUACAAGCUGGGCUUGUACAAACCCAUGUGUUUUAUGACAAUGCUGCUUGAAAUCCUAAGUAUGAUGUAUUGAAAGAUUUAAUGUUUUGCUGAGUCAUUCUCCCAAUGAGAGCUAUGUUAAAUUUAACAAUGAACAAUGUGGCCAAUAUAAAAACGACACAACACUACCAAAACAUGCUUUGAACUACAGUGAACUCCAACACUACACCUGAUAAAACACUUCUUAUUGCCAUGCUUUUUGCAGGCAAGUGCAAUUAAUUUUCAUAGUGUUUGUUUACACAAGAGUAAAAGAAAGCCUUCAUUUUCAAUAUUGGGCAGUUGAUAAACUUUUAAUCAUUAUGUUGAAUUGUUUCAUUAUGUAUGUGCAUUUAGCUCAAACAAUGUGUGCGUGUGUGUGUGUGUGUGUGUGUGUGUGUGUGUGUAUAUAUAUAUAUAUAUA